AUGGCUCUUAUGACUAGCAAAGGAGCCUCAUCAUCCUCUUUCACCCACCAAUACAAGAACUUUGAUGUUUUCUUAAGUUUUAAAGGUGAAGAUACCCGUCAUGGUUUCACAGGCCAAUUGUAUAACGCUUUGUGCCAGUGGGGUAUUCACACCUUCAUUGAUGAUAAUCUCCUAAGAGAAGAGCAAAUUUCUACACAACAUCUCAAAAUCAUUGAGAGCUCACUGAUUUCAAUAAUUGUAUUUUCUGAAAACUAUGCAUCCUCUACUUGGUGCUUGGAUGAACUUGUCAAAAUUGUUGAGUGUAAGAAGAAUGAUCAAUUAAUGCGGCCAAUUUUUUACAAAGUGGAUCCAUCAGAAGUUCGUAACCAAAAAGGAAAGUUUGGGGAAGUACUAGCUAAACAUGAAGAAAAUUUUAAGGAUAACAGAAAGGUACAAAGUUGGAGGAAAGCUCUAUAUGAUGCAGCCAAUAUAUCUGGUUGGCAUUAUAAGCACAACUACUAUGAGUUCGAAUUUAUCCAAGAAAUUGUCAAAGAGAUCUCAAACUCUAAAUUAAACCGCACGCCAUUAUUUGUUGCUAGAUACCCGGUUGGAAUAAACUAUCGUGCAGAGGCCAUAAAGUUACUUUUAGAUAUUGGGUCAAAAGAUGUUCGUAUGGUAGGGAUGUAUGGCCCUGGUGGAGUGGGUAAAACUACCAUCGCUAAAGCUAUUUAUAACAUGGUAUAUGAUCAUUUUGAGGGAUGCAGCUUUUUAGAAAAUGUUAGAGACAGGUUUGGGAUAUUUAAUGGUGGAAUCCAAUUACAAGAGACACUUCUUUAUGAGAUUGUAGGGGAUAUAAAUUUGAAGGUUAGCAAUGUAUAUAGAGGAAUCAAUUUGAUAAAGGAGAGGCUUUGCAAUAAAAGGAUUCUUUUAAUUCUUGAUGAUGUAGAUAAAUUAGACCAGAUCAAAAUAUUAAUCGGACAAUGUGAUUUCUUUGCUUCUGGAAGUAGAAUCAUUCUAACCACAAGAGAUGAACACUUGCUAGCUUCUUUUGGGAAAGGUCUUUCAGCCUACAAGAUUACAGAAUUAAAUGAUCAUGAAGCUCUUGAAUUAUUUAGUUUGCAUGCAUUCCAAAGAAACAAACCCGAGGAAGAUUAUUUAGAACUUACAGACCAAGUUAUACGUUAUGCUAAAGGCAUUCCAUUAGCUCUAGCAAUAAUAGGUGCUGAUUUGUAUGGAAGAAGUGAAAUGGAAUGGAAAAGUGCAUUAGAUAAGUAUGAAAGAAUUCCUAACAAAGAAAUUCAACAAAUAUUAGAAAUAAGUUAUGAAGGAUUGGAUGAAACAGAACAAGAUAUUUUCCUAGAUAUUGCAUGUUUCUUCAAGGGAUUUUGCAAAAAUUAUGUUGUAGAUAUACUAAAUUCUUGCAAUUUAUACCCAGUUAUUGGUAUUCAAAGACUUAUUGAGAAGUGUCUUGUAACAAUUGAUCGAUAUGAUAAAUUAUGGAUGCAUGACUUGGUACAACAAAUGGGUAGAGAAAUUGUUCGACAAGAAUCACCAAAGAUACCUGGAAUACGUAGCAGGUUAUGGUGUUAUGAGGAUGCUUUUGAAGUUCUAACAAAAAAUACGGGAUCAAGAAAAAUUCGAGGCAUGAUGAUAUGCUCACCUGAAGGAGCAAAGUUGCAAUUAGAAGCUAAAUGUCUUGAAAAGAUGAAAAAUCUCAAGUUCCUUAUAGUUAAUAAUGUAGAUAUUUGUGGGAGUAUCGAAUAUCUUCCCAACGAAUUAAGAUUACUUGAUUGGCCCAAAUUUCCUUUUCAUUCCUUACCAUCCAAUUUUUGUCCUCAAAAACUUAUUGCACUCAACAUGCCAGAGAGUCAAGUUAUAUUGGACAGACUUCAUGAGAUGGGACAGCUCAGAAACUUGACAUAUAUGAAUUUUCUUUCUUGUCAACACAUAAAGAAAUUAUCUGACUUAUCGAUUGCAACCCCAAGCAUAAAGCAAUUGAAUCUCAAUGAAUGUAGAAAUUUAGUCGAAGUUCAUGACUCUGUUGGAUGUCUUGAUAAGCUUGAAAAGUGGGAGCUCAAUAACUGCAAGGAACUUCGGAUUCUUCCAAGUUUCCUCAUAAUGAAAUCUCUUAAGCAUUUAGAUCUUUAUCAGUGCACAAGGCUUGAGAAGUUCCCUGAUAUUCCGCAUGAAAUGGAUGGUUUAAAGUAUCUAACUAUUAUUGGGACUGGUAUUAAAGAGUUGCCUCCAUCAUUUGAGAAUCUCACUGGGCUUGAGGAAUUACACCUAGGUUCAGGUCUUCUUCCAAGUAGCAUAUGCAUACAGAGUGAAGAUGUUACCCUCCCAGAAAGUAUUAUCAGAUUCAAAAGAUUACGUUGGCUUGAAAUUGGAAAUUCCCCUUCCCUUCAGGAAAUUCCACAACUUCCAAAAACUAUAAGAGGAGUAAAUGCAUCAAAUUGCUUCUCUUUGAAUUCAGAAUCAUUAAGCAAAAUAUUGCUUCAGUUUGGAGGAAUUUUAGGGCUCCCACAAAUUAUGGCAUGUUUAGGUGUGAGAGACGAUAUAUUAUUGGAUUCACAGUCAUCUAGCAGACUAUGGCAACAAACUGAUCUUUCUUCCUGGGUCCCCCGUCACAAGUUCUUUGAAUUUAAAUCUGAGUUUCGUAAAAGUCAAUAUUGGUUACGAGAUUAUUAUGAUGAUGACACUCCGUGUGAUUGUCAUGUUAUAAUACCAGGAAAUAAGAUACCAAAAUGGUUCAACCAUGAAAGCGUUGAAAGUUCCAUAUCAUUGUGGGUUGGUUCAGAAUUGCCAACAUUUGCUCUUUGUGUUGCUUUUCGUCUAGCGGAUGACGAUGAAUGUGAUUUUUUUUGUGUUGUUGACAUUUUCAUCAACGGUCAUAAACGAACGCUCGUAAAGAAAUUCUUUUUUGAAAUGCAUUGUCAUCAUCAGUGGUUUUAUGGCGCAUCUCAUAGGCUGUUGCAGGAGGAAGUUGGAAACUUGAUUCAAGGAGAUCGGAAUCAUGUUGAAAUUUCAAGUAAAAUAUCUUGUUGGACUAGUGAAACUGGCGGAGAAAUAGCUCCUACCAUUGCAAGGAUGGGAGUCCAUGUGAAUUGUAUUUGUGGUCUUCAUAAUUCCGUUAUUAGCCAUGAAAACCAUGAUGAACUAGUCCAACCACGAGGCAAUCGAAUUUCAAAGAGAAUUGUGCACCAGCGGCUCAGACCAUUUCUUCCUCGAGGUUGCCGUUUUAUCCUGUGCAGAUUUUACCAUACUCGGUGCCCAUCCCGAAGUACUUCUGGUCGACCAUUACUAAAAGGACGUAGAAUCAGCAACAAGAGAAAGAGGCCCUUCAUCACAAGGAGUAGCAAUUGUUUGUAUGGAGCUCAAGACCAAAGUGACUGCUAA